AUGUUUUCAGAUGACUUUCUUCCAGCUGCAACAGGUGUUGGAAUACAUUGUCAAAUCAUUUGUAGACAUUUGGUAUGCUUGGGACAUUGUGUUUCUGUAGUGACAUGUCAACAUGAAGCUCACAUUAGUAGUACCGACAAAUACACCACCACAACUACCCACAAAGUUGAGAAUUGGCAGGUGAAAGGAGACAACAACACCCUACAUGACAUUUCAAUCUAUAGAGUACCAUCAAAGAAAAUAUUCGGUUUCUACCAAGCAUUACCUUCAGAGGAAUGGAUCGAGCAAUUCUUGUUGGACUUCCAACCACAUGUUGUACACCACCACUAUUUGGGAUUUAUGUGUAAACGUGCAAUCAAGGUGGUUCACAAAUUAAGAAAUAGAUGCUCUUCCAUGAUUAACGUUCCAUCCUCGAACCUCUCCCACAUUUAUACCUAUCAUAUGACGUUGGAUCAUUUAACACAACCUUUCUUAAUGAAAAUGUUCAAACCUUGGAUACGUGGACAAAUAUCCAAGCUCUGUAAUUCUGUAGAUAUGAUCAUUUCUGUUUCCAAAAAUCUUGUGCAAGAAAUUCCAACUCAAGCUCAAGUUCAUUCAAGAAUUCCAAUCAAGUGGAUUAGCAACCCUGUCGACAGUUUGAUGUUUAACGUUGAUCAAGUCAUCCCCGUUGCAAGACAAGCUAAAUUUCAAGUCCUCUUUGUAGGAAGAUUGAAUCCAGAAAAGAAUCUUCCAUUACUGUUAAGAGGUUUUGCCAGCUUCUUAAAGAUGUUUUCACUUCAAACCGAUACAAAUGAAAAUGCAGUCCUAUGGAUUGCAGGAAGUGGAAGUGACGAGAAAAAGCUUGUCAAACUUUGUGAACGUCUGCACAUUGAGAUGCAUGUUAAAUUUCUCGGUUUCCUUGAGAGUUCAUCUCUUUCCACGUACUAUAAGGCAUGCGACGUGUUUGUACUGCCUUCUUUUGUAGAAACACAAGGACUAGCAGCAAUGGAAGCCAUGUCAUUUUCAAAACCUGUCAUCGUUUCUCAACAGAUUGUUUCUUGUUUGGAACUUCUCGACAAAUUGGAUUCUACCACUUCUUUGAGCUUCAAAUCUAGCUAUGCACAAGAAUUACAACCUUGGUUGUGUCAAAAUGGCUUCAUGGUUGAUGCCCAUGAUGAUCAACAACUGGCUCAACAAUUAUAUGAAUUGUAUUUAAAUGCGGAAAUGAGAGUUUGGAUGGGAGACAAUAGUCGAAGAAAGACUCAACAAUUUCGACCCCAAGUUAUUCUGAAACAGUUAUUGGACGCAUAUAACGAAUCAUUAUUAUCUUGCAAAGUAAACAACAACAAUUGCUUCUUGUAA